AUGGUUUCGAAACUCGUUCGAUUGACUAUUCUGUUGACGAGUGCGGUUUUUCUAUUUAUUCUUGGUGUUCUAUUUGGUUCGAAUUUAUAUCGAAGGAAAGAAACCGCUCGUAUUUUUCAACCAUCCAUAGCAGCCCAGUUAGAUCUAAAAUUACAAUCAAUGAAAGAGGACAGUGUAAAGUCAUUUCCGGUCGCGUACAAUUCGACUCAUCUUUGGUCAAUGCGUCUCGCAGAUAAAGAUCAUUAUCGAAUUGUUAAUCUUGUUCCAUGCAAGGACGUGAUUUAUCAUGCUCAUCGUGGUACUGGUAUAAACGAGACGAUGAACCAUUGUAAUGAGAAAACUCGAGAAGAAUUUUCAGUUGAAUCAACAUUACAAGCACAGCAGUGGAUAUUCAAUCAUCAAAAUCCAAUGAACUGUCAGAAUAAACGCUUUGCCAUUAUACAUAGAUAUGCUUGGUCUGGAUUUGGAUCGACUGUACAUCAAAUUGUAUGGGCACUGGCGACAGCUAUAGGUCACGAUCGAAUUGCUGUUUAUCAAAAGCCAGGAGGUUGGCAUUACGGCAGCUGUGAAUGGAGUAAUCCUGAUUGUUUGUUUCUUCCAAUUAGUAAUUGUUCCGUUCCUACGCAAAUCGAUGGCACGCAAGUAAUCCGUCUCGCAGCUGAUAUCGAUCACUGGUAUAAACCAGCUUAUCCAUCCGUAUUUCAAAAACGUUCUUUCAAUUGCACAUGUCCAAAACGCUGUUGCUCAAUAUUUCGUUCCGCCAUCGAUCGAUCUUCAUCGUCCGAAUAUUUCGACUUAUUCGAUGCGGAUGCCCGUCGAGCUCAAAUCUCUACAGUUUAUAUCAACUCCGAAGACGACAGCGUGUUCAGCGAAUUUGAAACAGUAAACAAGAAAUACGGAGGAUAUUAUAAAUUAAUCCGAAUCAAAGCAGAGAAGAACGUCGUUUUCAUGACAUUGAUGGGUAUGGACACGAACAAACGUGGGAAGAUCGUUUUAGAAUUUCUCGCUGAUCUCUACAUUGAAGCGAAUGCUGAUUUACAUUCAGGAACAUUAACAUCGAAUUGGUGUCGAUUAGUUGAUGAAAUGCGAUUCGUACUUGGGAAAAUGUUACCGUUUUACACUCCGGAACAUGUGUAUCAUAGUGAUAUGUAA